UAAAAUGAAAUAUCUUUAACACCAAUGAACGAAGCGCUUAGUCUUAUUUCUCUCUUCCCGCCUAGACAGAAGUCAGUGACUUCAAAAUAUGUGUUGCACAUUGUGAUCUGAGAGACAUUCAUUAGCACAAAUUUCAUUCAUACAGCUUCAUAUCUAUAAUAUAAUAAUAAGUUUGAUCCUUUAGGAAUCCACCAGUGAGAAAAGGUGUUACUUGUUCAACGGACUUUCAGAUUUAGACCAUAACACCAUCAUCAUCAUCAACAACAAUAACUGUAUAUUUUAUAAUAUAGUGAGUUGCAUACAAUAAAAAUGGUUUAUUCUCAUUCAGAUUUGAAAUUUAUUAAAGUAAAUUUUCAAAAAUGCUACAUACAUCUAACAUUCUCAAACAACUUAUUCAGGUAUUAAUGAAGAGUCAGUAAACGAAAAUUCACUUCUGGAAUUUCAACCUCAACAGAGACAAGAGGAAAUGAUUAGCCCACUCAAUUCAAUUACCCGAUUACGUGCACAAAAAUUAAUGUCUGGACCAUAUAAACAGUUGGAACAUAGAUGGAUAUGGAUAAAAUUUUUGGAUGGUCCAAUCAGUAAUGAAAAAGCCGAAUCGAUUUUAUCCAAGAUGUCACAUGACCUGAAGUUGACAUCACCAAUCUCAUUUUUCUUCCUUGACAAAUCGAGACGUGUUCUAUACUUUCACAUUCCAUCAAAUGCUGGUAUAACUGCUGAUCGUAUUGUGAAUGCUUUAAUUACUAAAAUUCAUUCCAUUGAUGGCUUUACAAUUGAGGAUGUUGGAUUCGGUCGUGGAGCUACAGUGGAUAAAAGCGCUAGAUUUGAUGCUAUUGCUGCACCCGUGUAUGAUGGCACCUCAGACUAUAGUAUUCGAGAGAAAUGGGAAAAGUAUACAAUGACAAUAAUUCUCUGCUCAUCAAUACUUGGUGUAGUUGUUAUACUCACACUGAUUUAUUUAGUUCAAGUUUGCCAAAGAAGAAGAAGGAAUAAAAUUAAGAGCGAAUCAAAUGAAAAUUUAUCAUCUCCACAUUCUGAGGAAUCAAUUCAUUCGUCGAAGAAAUCAUUUGGACAGAACAAUAAGCUGUCUGAAUCACAGCAUAGUAGUGUUUCCUCUUGGUCGAAUGAACCAAUCCAAUGCAGUAUUGAUGUUCCAACUGGGCAUUUAAUUUUGUCCUAUAUGGAAGAACAUUUGCGUGAUCGUGAUCGAUUGAUAGCUGACUGGAAUUCAAUAGACAAAUAUGUAUCUGAGGAGAGUGUAUUAUUCAAAGAAGGAGAAAACCCUAAAAACAGGCUUAGAAAUAGAUUAGGGGCUCCAUUACCAUAUGAACAAUCUCGCGUUAAACUUCGGUCUGGAGACAAUGAUUACAUCAAUGCAAGUUUGCUAUAUGAUAACAACCCAAGAAAUCCCGUCUACAUUGCAACCAUGACGCCAACAAUAGAAUCAAUUCCAGAUUUUUGGUUAAUGGUCUGGGAGCAAGGAUGCGUUGUGAUUGUCUGCUUGGAACGUAAUGAUGAACUGAAGAAAAUGGAUGAAGUCGAUCAGCUAGAACCAAACGAUGCUUCCGUCAAAUACUGGCCAAAUGAAGGUACUCAAGUUUACGGUUCCUUUGAAGUUCAUCUUGUGUCUGAACAUAGUUGGAGUGAAAACUACAUUAUACGUUCAUUCUACCUAAAAAGUAUGGCAACAAAUGAAACACGUACUGUCACACAAUUCCACUACCUUACAUGGAAAGAUGAAAGCUUGAAGGACAAUAGUAAACCUAUACUGGAGUUCCGUCGAAAAGUCAAUCGAUCCUUCCGCGGAAUGAUGAGCCCUAUUUUGGUUCAUUGUAGUGAUGGUUGUGGACGAACGGGAGCGUAUAUUCUGUUGGACUUGGCAUUAAACCGUAUUGUUAAGGGCAUAAAGGAGAUUGAUAUCGGCGCCUCAUUGGAACAUCUAAGAGAUCAAAGACCAAAUAUGAUUAGAACAUUGGAACAAUAUGAAUUUGUCCUUUCAUCAACUGCCGAAGAAGUGGAUGCAAUGCUUCAAACAAAUACAUGAAAACAUUUUUUGCCAAAUGUAAGAGAAAAUACAAAUGCAUAAUGAACCCAAAAUCAAAUGGAAUAUGACGUGCAAAAUUUUCAAAUAAAACUGCCAAAAGAUAUUUAAUCAUGCAUAUUGAUUUCUUUUUCUCUUACAAAACUAAAACUCUGCUGUAAUCUCCGCAGAUGACGUGCAUUCAAAUCCAUUAGGUGAUAGUAAGUCAUAGAUAUAUCUAGUCUAAGAGUUUAGACAAUCGUUAAGAAUUGGAAAGAGAUAUUAGCUCUUGUUGAAUACCCAUCUGAAAUUAUCUUAGCAUGAACAAAUGUGCUGAUAUGAUAAUGAACAUUUGCCCUGUAGGCUAAGAAUACUCGGAUAGUUUGUAGCUGUGCAUUUUUAGUUGUCAAGGCUUUCUAUGUCAUCUUCAGUAUUACUUCCUAGGGAAGUUUAACCAAGAAGACCAUUAAUAGAGCUGGGA